GACAGAACUUCAGUCCCGAACGGCGCCACGUAGGCUCUGCUGGGUGGGGCCCGGAUCCCGAGGGGCCGGCGGGGUCCGCAGGACCCAGGGCUCGUUACAGCGGUUCUACCCUUCACGACGCAGACAUGGCAGCCGAGAAGGACCAGCAGAAGGAUGCCGAGGCAGAAGGGCUGAGCGCCACGACUCUGCUGCCGAAACUGAUCCCCUCCGGCGUGGGCCGUGAGUGGCUGGAGCGGCACCGCGCCGCCAUCCGGCCCUGGGGUGCCUUCGUGGACCAGCGGUGCUUCUCGCGGCCCCGCAACCUGGGCGAGCUGUGCCAGCGCCUCGUACGAAACGUGGAGUACUACCAGAGCAACUACGUGUUCGUGUUCCUGGGCCUCAUCGUGUACUGCGUGGUUACAUCUCCCAUGCUGCUGGUGGCCCUGGCCGUCUUCUUUGGUGCCUGUUACAUCCUCUAUCUGCGCACACUGCAGUCCAAGCUUGUACUUUUCGGCCGAGAGGUGAGCCCCGCCCAUCAGUAUGCUAUGGCGGGAGCCGUCUCCUUCCCCUUCUUCUGGCUGGCUGGCGCAGGUUCAGCCGUCUUCUGGGUUCUGGGAGCCACCCUUGUGGUCAUUGGCUCCCACGCCGCCUUCCACCAGAUCGAGGCCGUGGACGGGGAAGAGCUGCAGAUGGAGCCAGUGUGAGGGGUCUGCCAGCCUCCAGAGCCAGCUGCCCAUCCCUGUCCCUGCCCGCACAGCUCUGCCCCUCCAGCCGGCAGCUCCUUCCCAUCAUAAGCCCAGGGGACCAGCUUUGGAAAUAAAGCUGUGGUAGUUGUCAUUCAGCACAUA